GUUCGCACAUCCUGGUUUUCCUCCACCACCAACUUCUCACGAACUUUGACUUUGCACACUCUACACAUAUUGCCUUCAGCCCGAUCCCUCCCCCUGUCCCCUGCCGCACAUCCCAACCGACUCCUGUCAUAUACCUACAAGCAUGAUCCUCGCCAGCUAAUCAACAGAGAUUUGUCUUUCACGUCAACACUAUCCGUAAUCCUGCUCUCCAUCUUUCUCCAUCAACAUGACCGCCCCGAUCCCUAGCCCUCGUUCGCUCUCAGACUCGCGACCAGAAUGAGUCGAGCUUGGGCACGAUUGACCUUUCAAGACCUGUAGUCCUCGCAUCCUCAUUCUAUACCAGACAAGUCCUUUCUCCUGCCUGCCCGCAACCGCUACCUUCAGCCUCAUAUACAUUACGCUCGGACUACAUAACCGUGCCCCAGUAUCCAUUUCGGCACCUGCCAUUCACCCCAGAUCUCCACGCUCACACGCGACACCCUCAGGUCAAUGCUCAACCACUACCAGAAUAAUGGAAUCGCGGCUUCGCAAAUUCUGGUCUCCGCGCCGUACCAAACCUCAAUCCUUGAUACUCACCAACGAUGAGCUGCCCACUCCUCCUCCUCCCUCGAAACUGUCUCCUUCCCAAGGCCGACUGCCAUCCUUUUUCAAUCACGCCCUCAGACGUCCUUCAUCAUCAAAGUCCAGGCACCCGCCCUCGAGAGACGUUCCCACCUUCUCCUACGAUUCCACCAUCGCUGGUCCCAUACCAGAGAUCGGAGAGAAACCUCAACGAGGCAAUGGUCCUGUCAAACUCCAGGCGAGCCGCCGUUUGAGCUCUGGCGAGCUUCUUGUCACCCAGCAGGACUAUGAACGAACGUUGGAGGAGAUCCGUCAAGGCGACUUCAUUCUUCCUGGAAAAGAGAAGAGAAGUUCUCGUCCAUCCCCUCCCCUCGAAUCUUCUGUGGAUUCGUCGGCCUUGAGAGUCAUCUCAACUGCCCCAAACUCCCCUGCUAGCCCGUCUUCCUCCCCGUCCUUGUCAUCCAUACCCCAUUCGAUCAACACGCAUGACCUCGAAUUUCCACGCAACGGUCUCCCAAUAUACGGCAACAACUCGCCCAGCCACCGUUCCUUUUCCUCUUCUGCCCUUGUUCGACCUUCUCUCGACUCGUAUCGCCAUUCGGUGUCCAUGCAAAAUGGUCCCUUUCCACCGUCUCCACGCCUCUCUCCCCGAGCCGUGGCUUCGACUGUAUCCUUACGGAGCCGACAGGAGGAUCAGACUCCCACCCUUCGAGCUCUCUGGAAAGCCGAGUAUGGCCGACUCAUGUCUCUGUACGGUCAAAAUCAGCAAGACAAGAUCGAUCCAACCUCCAUGAGGUUACCAGAACAAGGCUGCCCCAUCGAAGACAACUCUUUCGAUGACACGCCGAGAAAUCCGUCCUCUGAAUUCAAUAAUUCGUUAUGCUACCUAGAUGUGGCUCAUUCGGAUGGCUCAUCCAACACGAGGGAUUCAAUUCUUUCUCGUGCAUCAUCUUCUUGCAUGACCCGUACAAAUCUAGCCGAGGACUACGCUACACCCAGAGAGGACAUUCGAAGAAUUGUUCACGACAUGAGAAUAAACUACCUGAAUGCCAUUGAAGCCCACACACCACCUACUCAACCCUUGCCUGACGUCCCCGCCCAGAGCUUGCGAACCAAAAAGAUGACUCCAUCGCUAACCUCGUCCAUCUCGGUCGAGAGUGGACUGAGCUCUGCUAAAAGAGGAUCUGGAUCGACUCGGACUAGAUCCUGGCAAUCAACCGCUUCAUCUCAUCCUGCCACGACACCGAGGACCUCGACAUCUUCUCCACCAAGCAGACAUCCCAACAAGCGGAAGAGUACGGGAAAUAGCCGACGGACUUCUUCUCGGCCAGUCUCAGGUUUGUUCUCCCUGCCAGCAAUUGAAGCAAGUCCCGUCAAAGGAGGUGACAACAACGAGAACGUGGGUCUAAAAAGAGCAGAUUCGACUACUCUAGGCGCCAUGGAAAAGAGCUUGGUGAUUUUGUCUAUCCGCGGAUCUCAGGCCUCAUCCCAUCCUCCUCUCGCAUCCCCCUCCACGUCGACCUUCUUCCAUUCGGACUCGGAUGGCGGUUCCACGUUGAAUGAAGGCAAAGCAUCUCCAUUGAAAGAAUCGUCCACACAAGCUUCACCCGAGAUGAGUAGUCUCAUGAACGAAAAUAACUUGGUCACUAAAAAAUCGUCAUGGCAUGCGGAGGCCGACCGCCUAUUUGCGGAUGCGGACCAUGAACCUGAAAUCUCGGAUGAUAUCAAUGAUUUUGAAGCGCUCUGCAACGAUCUAUUCAACACUUCCGAAUCUGGUGUUAGCUCGGACGAGGAGGUUGUACGACGAGACAGUGACACCGUCACUCCAACUUUGGCGAUCAUUGAUACAACUAUACCCCCAAAACACGGAGUAACUGAUUUGAAGGGCUUGGGGCUUUCAGGUUUGCAUGCACUGGCUUGAGGCAUCAAUCGAACCUGGUUCGCAUGCGACUCCUGUCUUGUGCUCACCCAGGUUCUCGACGUGGGAAGGCUUUGUGCUAAUUUUAUCGUCAAUUGGAUGUAUUUGGAAAAGUUUCUCCUGACAGGGGAGGGAAUCUAUGGGAGUUCGGUGAUUCUCGAAUGAUACCCACAACGUGGUUAAUGAUAUUUUUGACAUUUCUGGUGGCGAGCUUGGGUGUUGACUGGAGUGGAGCGACGAAGAAGCUGAUGUGAAUACUGAUGACUCUACGAGAUCGAUACGAAGAAUGGAUUGAGAUGAUGACUGGCGAUUGAAAAGCCAAGUCUGACGAAUGAUUAGAAAAUCAAAAUGCCUUCGUAGGCGCGGUUCACGCCAUAUGAUACUUGUCCACAAUCUUGUCGCUGUGUCUAUCUAGACCGCUGUGC